AUGUCUUUCGUCACCGGAGAUGGGACAUGCCAUUGUGGUCGGAGGACAGUGAUUCGGACAUCAUGGAAGGACACCAACCCUGGGCGGCGAUUCGAGUCAUGCUUGAAUUAUGAGCAUGGAGGGUGUGAUUACUUUGACUGGUUCGAUCCUCCAAUGUGUCGUAGGUCUAAAAUGAUAAGUCCGGGCCUCUUGAGAAAGAUGAUGAAAGGCAAACUGAGAUUGAGAAGCUGA